AUGCGUGUCUCUCUUUUGCUCCCGGCCGCAGCCUUUUUUGGUGCCGCUUUGGCUGAGCUCGACUACGCGUUGUUGACCAAAUUCCCAAGCUGUGCUCUGAAAUGUGCUACAACAGUAGUAUUACCUAAGUGUAAUAUAACUGAUUUGCCGAAUUGUCUGUGUAAAAGCGACGACCUCCAAUAUGACAUCUCCACGUGUGUAGUAGGGGCAUGUAAUGUCACGGACCAAUAUGCUUCUUUGACGAUUUUACAAGAAGGAGUAUGCAAAGGGGUUCCAGUACCAUCUCGUCAAGCAGAACUCCGCCGAGCAGCGAUCAUCCUGGCAGCCUUCACGUACCCGAUUAUAGUCCUACGUUUCAUUUCAAGAGUCAUAAUAGCUCGCAAGGUGUGGUGGGAUGAUUGGACAAUCUUGGCUUGUGUUGUGUUCAUGAUACCCAUGACAGUACUUCCGAUCUAUCCUUCAUCUGGUCUCGGAUUAGGAAAACACUUCUACAAUGUGCCGCCGGUAAACUUUGACAUGCUCUUGAAGCUCUUUUAUGCCGUGCAGCUCUUCUAUGUUGUUGUUCAGACCCUCGCCAAGAUGUCCAUUCUUCUUCUCUAUCUCCGGAUCUUUCCAAGCCAGCGCUUUCGUCUCAUUAUCAAGAUAUCCAUGGUAUUCAUGGUGUGCCAUGGUACUGCCUUCUUCUUUGUCGUCGCCUUCCAGUGUAUUCCCGUCCGCUCAAUCUGGGACCGUGGGAUCGCAGGACAAUGCGUCAAUUCCCAAGCUUUGAUCUAUGCCGGCGCAGGUUUCAGUAUCUUUGAGGACUUUGCGAUUAUGCUCCUUCCAAUCUUCGAGCUGAAGGGGUUGAAUUUAAGUCGUAGGAAGAGAAUUGCGCUGGGUUUCAUGUUUGCUUUGGGGUCUUUCGCUUGCAUUACGAGUAUUAUCAGAAUCAAGUACGUCACAUCCUAUGGUAACACAAUCGAUGAGACUUGGAACUACGUCGACGUUGUCAUUUGGUCAUCGAUCGAAACAUUUACAGCUGUGAUAUGCGCUUGUUUGAUGUGUAUCCGUCCACUGAUCAUGAAAUACAUGCCUGGAGUAUUCCCAACGACCAUCAAUUCUCGAAACAACACCAACAAAAGUUGGGGCCAGAAGAUCGGGUCCCGCGGCCAGAAUUCUCGAAACUUUGGUGGCGGCAUCGAAUUGUCUGGCGAAGACAGAGCAAAGCGGUCGAAUCCAAGUUCGCAGACAGCCAGAAGUCAGAUCACCGUUACCACGGAGAGCCGAGUUUCUUUUGAAGCCAAAAGGGCCUCCGAAUACACGGCAUUUACCCGCGAAAUGGCCGACGAUGCGACGAUAUCCAGCGAGUCACCACUAACGCAUACAAAGCGGUAG